AUGGGGAAGACGACGGCCGCGAAGAAACCCUUCGGGAAGAAAGCCCCUUUCGGCACGACGAAAGGGGCUUUCGGGAAGGAAGGCAAAGGAGGGGCGAAGGGGAAAGGGAAAGGGGGGAGACCGCUCGCGAAGAUGGAAUGCGGACAAGAGAAGACGAAACGAGGGGGGGAGGCCGUUUUCGACGACAACGUUCGCAGGGACUGGGUCACCGGAUACGGCAAACGCAAGACGCAGCGAAGAAAGUACGCGGUCAAACAAGCGGAGGAGAAGGCGAGGAAGGAGCGGCUGCAGGAGCGUAAAGAGCGACGCGAGGAGUUCCGAAAGACGCACGGGCUCACGGACGACGCGGGCGGCGGCGACGGCGACUCGAAACCAGCGGGGGCGGUGGACACCGAGGUCGUGGAGUACGACUCAGGGGUCACGGUAAUCGUCGAGGGGAUAGAUUAACGCGCGCUCUCUACUCUCUACAGCAGGGCGACAUCACGGG